AGUCCCCCUUUUCACAGUAUCCUGGCAGCUGUCCUAACUGCCUACUGAAGCCAAAUGCUUGAGGAGAGAGAGAGUAAGGAACCAGCCAUGAAUCCCUUCCAGAAAAAUGAGUCCAAGGAAACUUUUUUUUCACCUGUCUCCACUGAAGAGGUACCACACCGACCUCCCGGCGCUCCAAAGAAGCCACCUCCGAAAAUCUGUGGCUCCAACUACCCACUGAGCAUUGCCUUCAUUGUGGUGAAUGAAUUCUGCGAGCGCUUUUCCUAUUAUGGCAUGAAAGCGGUGCUGACCCUGUAUUUCCUGUAUUUCCUGCAUUGGAGUGAAGAUACAUCCACAUCUAUAUAUCACGCCUUCAGCAGUCUCUGUUAUUUCACUCCCAUUCUGGGAGCAGCCAUUGCUGACUCAUGGUUGGGAAAAUUCAAGACAAUCAUCUAUCUCUCCCUGGUGUAUGUGCUUGGCCAUGUGGUCAAGUCCUUGGGUGCCUUACCGAUACUAGGGGGACCCAUGGUACAUACAGUCCUAUCAUUGGUCGGCCUGACUCUAAUAGCUUUGGGGACAGGUGGUAUCAAACCCUGUGUGGCAGCUUUUGGUGGAGACCAGUUUGAAGAAAAAGAUGCAGAGGAACGGACUAGAUACUUCUCAGUCUUCUACCUCUCCAUCAAUGCAGGGAGCUUGAUUUCUACAUUUAUCACACCCAUGCUGAGAGGAGAUGUGCAGUGUUUUGGAGAAGAUUGCUAUGCACUGGCUUUUGGAGUUCCAGGAUUGCUCAUGGUGAUAGCACUUGUUGUGUUUGCAUUGGGAAACAAAAUGUACAAAAAGCCACCUCCUGAAGGAAACAUAGUGGCUCAAGUUUUCAAAUGUAUCUGGUUUGCUCUUUCCAACCGUUUCAAGAACCGUUCUGGAGACAUUCCAAAGAGACAGCACUGGUUAGACUGGGCAGUGGAGAAAUACCCAACGCAGCUCAUUAUGGAUGUGAAAGCACUGACCAGGGUACUAUUCCUUUACAUUCCACUGCCCAUGUUCUGGGCUCUUUUGGAUCAGCAGGGUUCACGAUGGACUUUGCAAGCCACCAAGAUGAAUGGGAAUUUGGGGUUUUUUGUGCUUCAGCCAGACCAGAUGCAGGUACUAAAUCCCUUUCUGGUUCUUAUCUUCAUCCCGUUGUUUGACCUUGUCAUUUAUCGUCUGAUCUCCAAGUGUGGAAUUAACUUCUCAUCACUUAGAAAAAUGGCUGUUGGUAUGAUCCUAGCAUGCCUGGCAUUUGCAGUUGCAGCAACUGUAGAGAUAAAAAUAAAUGGAAUGGCUCCACCCCAGCCAGGUCCUCAGGAAAUUUUCCUACAAGUCUUGAAUCUGGCAGAUGAUGACGUGAAGGUGACAGUAGUGGGAAAUGAAAACCAUUCUCUGUUGGUAGAGUCCAUCAAAUCCUUUCAGAAAACACCACACUAUUUCAGACUGCACCUGAAAACAAAAAGCCAGGAUUUCCACUUCCACCUGAAAUAUCACAAUUUAUCUGUCUACACUGAGCAUUCUGUAGAGGAAAAGAACGGGUACAGUCUGAUCAUUCGUGAAGAUGGAAAAAAUAUCUCUAGCAUGAUGGUAAAAGAUGGAGAAGGCAAAACAACCAAGGGGAUGGCAACUAUGAGGUUUAUUAACACUUUGCACAAAGAUGUCAACAUCACCCUGGGUACAGAUAUCUCCUUCAGUGUUGGUGAAGACUAUGGUGUGUCUGCUUACAAAACUGUGCAAAGAGGAGAAUACCCCGCAGUGCAUUGUAGAACAGAAAAUAAGGACUUUUCUCUGAAUUUGGGUCUGCUAGACUUUGGUGCAGCAUAUUUGUUUGUUAUCACUAAUACCAGUCAAGGUCUUCAGGCCUGGAAGAUGGAAGACAUACCAGCUAACAAAAUGUCCAUUGCCUGGCAGCUACCACAAUAUGCCCUGGUUACAGCUGGGGAGGUUAUGUUCUCUGUCACAGGACUUGAGUUUUCUUAUUCCCAGGCACCCUCUAGCAUGAAAUCUGUACUCCAGGCAGCUUGGUUGUUGACAGUUGCAGUUGGAAAUAUCAUCGUUCUUGUCGUGGCACAGUUCAGUGGCCUGGUACAGUGGGCUGAAUUUAUUUUGUUUUCCUGCCUCCUACUGGUGGUCUGCCUGAUCUUCUCCAUCAUGGGUUACUACUAUGUUCCUGUAAAGCCAGAAGAUAUGCAAGGUCCAGCAGAUAAGCAAUUUCCCCACACCCAAGGGGAUAUGAUUAACUUAGAGACCAAGAAGACAAAGUUUUGAUGACUCCCUGGACUCUAUCCUGAUCCCAAUUCCUGGUCCUGGUGUAAGCCAGAACCUAUCUUUAAGCAUUUUUUUUUUCCUAGUGGGUUAUGCAUUGUAUCUGAGUUGAUCUUCUCCACCUUUCUCCGAUGACAGAGGCAUUACUAGGACUACCUUUUUCAGUACAUCUUUAAACAAGACCCUGGAUCUGUCAGUGAACUCAGUAAACCUUGUGCAGUGUUGCUAAACUGGCCUGGUGUCUCCUAAUGGCCAUGAAAAUAUAACUGUAAAAGUGAGAUCAAUCUCCAUGGGUAUGCAAAGUUAUAUGGAAAUUCCUUUAUAGGUACCUGCCAUUUAGAACUGAUACGCCUGUUAUUUGAGGUGCUUGCUGAUUUAGGGGCAAAAUAGAAGAAUAAUAGAAAUAAUAUUUCAAGUUUAUUUAAUUAUUCUAUCUGGCCCAGCCAGGAGCUGCCUUGUCAGCUAUCCAGGUUUGAUAAAACAUUAAUAAAUUUUUCAGUACAGAUGGUAGAAGACAGGAUGCAAUUUUGGCAACACAGGAGGAGAUAUAUCUUUCUGAUUAUUUCAGUAUUUUAUCUUUUUAUCCUAAUACCCAUUUUUUAGUACUGGUAGAUCCUAGCAUCCAGAUUAAAGAUAAUAAACAUUA